GAUAAUUGUCCUAGGAUAGUAUAAUAUUAAUAUCACUAUUCACUAUGCAACGGCGGUAUAAAUACGCACUAGUGGACCGGUCCCCCCGAAACUGGUUUCGAUUUUAUUUUUUUACCACAUCGUACGUCAGUGGCGACGGGGAACCCAGACCGUAAUCAUAAUAAUAAUAACAUAAUCGCACUUAUUAUGUAUAUAUGGUGGUUUUUUAGAUGUCCACAGGUUACUAUAAUAACAAUAAUAUAAUGUUAAGUCGCGUGACAAGGACGUUCGGAUUUAGCUGUUACACAACAUCGCUGUUGUCGUCGUAAAAAUCAGCGUGCAAAUCUACUGUCCGAGCGAGCUCCGACUUAUAAGAAUCAUCAUCAAUCCAGCAUCGCGCGUACCUAACAAAUGUGUCCUAUGGUAAUAUCAUUGCCGUCUCUCUUGCAUUUGUUUAUUGCCGAAUGACUAAUGAUAUGGAGGUCGGCAAUAAAUCAUUUCAUCUCCGAUGGAAUAAUCACUUGGAAAAUUUACGCGCAUUAUUUGAAUGUUUGUUUAACGAACAAAUUCUUGUUGAUGUAACGAUUGCUUGUCAAGAUGGUCUAUUGAGGGCGCAUAAGUUAAUCUUGUCCGCAUGCAGUCCAUACUUCGAGACAAUCUUUCAAGAGAAUCCGUGUAAACAUCCUACGGUGAUAAUGAGAGGUGUCACUUUAAAUGAGAUGCAAAGCCUGUGUCAGUACAUGUACGUUGGUUCUGUUGAAGUACAAGAAAACAAUUUGAGUUCUCUUUUAAAAGUCGCUAGAGAAUUACAAAUUAAAGGUUUAUCAGAGAAAACUGUGUCCAAUGAUCAAUCGAAACACAAGCCAACAUUCAAUUAUACACCAAUUAAAUCAUCUGAAACUUCCGACCCAGAUGCCAGUAAUAAGUUUGAAAUGACAAAUGGUAGUUCCAGCUCAAUUGAAACCGAUUCCAGGACAUUCCAAGUACCGUGUGAGGAUGAUUCGUCAGAUAAUAAUACGUCUUUCGAGCACUCAGCUAUGUUAAGCCCUCAAGUUAUGAUGGACGAGCAUACAGAUGAAAACAAACCCACAAUAUUGUCGCAACCCAAAUAUCAACCGACCCAUGUAGAUUUUCAAGCCUUUUUAGAGGCUCAAAACAAAGUUAACCUAACCGGAUCUGUCGAAUGUCCAACGUGUCAACGGACGUUUCUGAAUAAACAAAACCUCAGACGUCACAUGCAAACCCAUUCCGGAUUAAAACCACAUCAAUGUUCUUUCUGCAAUCUGUCGUUUUUGAGACUAUCACAUUUACAACGUCACCACAGAACGCAUACUGGAGAACGACCAUUCAUGUGCACAGAGUGUCCAAAGAGUUUCUCAAGGUCAGACAAGUUAAGAUAUCACAUCAUGCAGCAGCAUGCCAGCAUGGCUCACCUUCCUGGACCCAAGCAGAGAGGUAGACCAAAAAAGUUUGAUUCGCCGCCCAGUAACGUAGAUGUGACAAUGGUGGCAAACAUUCAAAAUUUUGAAGAACAAUGUGUUCCGGCACCUGUGCAAGAGUUACAAGAGCCAUUAAACUUGGCUCAUUAGAUCUCUAAACACCUUUGAAAUGUUUUUUUCUUUUUUUGUAAAUUUUUUUGUUCAAAAGAUUGUGUUCUUAACUUAUAAUGUAUUAUUAGAGUGUUUGGUUUAAUUCUCAUGUAAAUAAUUAAUGAUUUAAGUCAUAGAUUGUAUAAACUAAGGUUAGAUGACACUAUUUAGAUAGUGUAUCAAUUAACAAGUAUAAUUUAUUAAUUUUAAAAAUUGUGUACUCGUAUAUUUGAAUUAUAAAAUAUAAUGCCAUUAUGAAAAAAAAAAAAUUAUAAUAUAUAUCAUACAGUAUUAAUUACCAGCUUAGAUAGGUGGAUCCAAGGGUUUAAGGUCAUAUUACACAUACAUACACAUUUCCACAAUUUUAUUAUUUAAAGAAAUAUGUUGGUAAUCUAAUAAUUUGAUUACCUAAA